GAAUUUGUCUGUUCCGCUGAUUCUUGAUGGUGGAAGUCAGUGUCACUGUUUCAUCAAAGUGAAUGGGGUGAAACAGCAGUCAUGUAUUGUCUGAGUGGCAGUUGAAUUUUCCUAUCCAAACUCCUGAGUGCAUUUCCAUUACUUUAUUUCUGCCUGCCUCAUUAUGCAAGGUGAGUGUAAAGUUAGGAGCCUCUGUUUUUUUCUUUUCUGUCUUGUUACAAACACACCCGAACUUAUGCAUCCAAAUCCAAACUGUUGUCCCCUUCAUUAUUGUUCCUUGAGAAGACUAAAUACUUAUUUGAAUGCUGUGGCUAUUAGUCAGAUUCAGAAAGGUUUUACAACAUCCCUCUCUGGGAUUGCCUUCAGCAAAUGCUUUAGAAAACCCUCCCUCCUAACAUAUCUUUGUCUGUUGAGGGUGAAUUUGAUAUUUGGAAGUUAUCAAAAGAUCUGACAUAUAAAGAACCAAAUGUGAUGUAUGAGUUCUGGGUGAUCUGUCUGGGUCCAAAGCAGGGUGUGACCCCAAAUCCUUUUGGUCUCCAUCUCAGGAGUCUUCCUGGGACAGCAGUCACCAAGACAAAGCAUACCCAAAGCAGGCACCUUUGCCACCUCUACCUUACAUUUCCCUACUCUUUUCUUAUACAGGAAUAAAGGUACUGAUUUUGAGAAUUUGGGAGCCUAACUUUCUGGUCUAUUCGUUGAAAGAAAGAAAAAUAAUUCGUGUUUUAUGGAUAUGUCUCAUCUGUGUUGUAUGUGGUAUCUUUUGAUGGCCACAGCAUUUCAAAAUGACGGCAGCUGCCCUGGUUGAGGCAAAUAUAUCUGUUCCAAACCCCAUUCGGUAACUCUGUCCCUCUUGGACUCACUGGGCUGGACAGGGAAGGUGUAAGACUCCUCUUGCCCACUGCUGUCUCACACCCUGUCACGUGGCAGUGACUUGGCCAUGCUCACCUGCUGUGGUUGUAGAGAAGAUGAGAUGGCAUCCCCUUCCCGUGGAGUGCACAGCUGUCCCAGGAUUGGUGGAGGUACAAAAGCGAUCCACAGAAUGCUGGAGAGAAUCCUCUCAUGCUUUGGAGUGGAAUUUCUGUCCAGAAGGGCCCUGGGAGAAAAGACACUGGGGAACCUGGUGGAAACGCUGUGCUGGUCACCUUAUUUUCCUUGCUUUUUUCUUUUCUUCUUUGCUGUUCUUCACCCUGGCAGUUAGGUGAAGGAAGAUAGCAGGAUUCUUUCAAGUGAACCUGACAGGAGGCAGAUCACCUGAGAUAGUGUUUGUAUACUGUAAAAUUUGGGGAAAUCACGAGUUAUUAGGACCAUUUCCAUGGUGAGCUAAGUGGCGUUCCUCAGAGAGGAACGAAAGAUCAAAGGUCAAAGUGAUGUCCACUGCAGAAUCUGUGAAAAUUGGUUGAAUUCCAUAUAGAAGGCUUUGGAGAACACCCCACGUUUGGUAAAACUACAGAGCAUUUGAGUCAAACUGGACCUCAACAGGGUUAUUCUGGGGCAUUUGAGGCAGCAUUUGCCCUGCCCUCUCCUCUUCCCCAAGCCAGUCUCCUGGGAUGUUGGAAUUUUCCUUUUCCUGUGCUGGGAAACUAAAAAAAGGGGGUUCUUAAGAGAAAGAACCCAGUCUCUUCCCAUAUAUGCAUAAUCAUUUAUGCCUGCCGAGGCAGGUCACAGGUAUUCAUGGGGUUUGUGGCUCGAGUGCUUUGUGGCCCAGUCAACAAUCAAUCUGAUGGAGAAAUGCCUGGCUGAGGGGAUGGAGCAAAACACCAACUCUGACUUCCAUCUCAAGUGCCAUUUCUGCCCAGCCCAGGAGUUUCUGGGAUAAGCCCUGCCCCAUCCACGUCUGCAGGAAAUAGGAACCCAAACCCUACUUCCUAGAUCUUUCUGCAAAAGGCCGUGGUUGUGACCCUUAUUUCUGAAUCCAAGACCCUGCAGAGUUCAGAAAGGUCAUUUUCCCAAAUUAGCAACUGCUGGGCUACAGGGACCUCUCUGACCUGAUGAAGUUGGGUGGCCCUAGGGGCCCUGUGUUCUGAGCUGUCUUUCUCAUAGGCAGUGGGAGGACACACGUACUUACUGAGCGGCCCCACAGCUCCCUUAAAUUCAGGAUGCUUCAGGAUAAGGAGAUUCUGCUGCCCAAAGACCUGCGGCAAGGCUUGUAAGGGCUCGAACUUUGGCUUCAGGUUCUGGAGAUUCAAGCUGUCUAGUGAGAGUCCAUCCCAUGACUCCCUGGGUUAGAAGAAUAGUUGUGAUUUUUCUGCUUUCUCACUUCCUCUCUUUAUUCUUUUUCCACCAACCUGAGCAUGAGAGAUGAGAAUGAUCCUCUAGGACAGGGGUUGCCAAACUAUGGCCCGAGUAUCUUUGUAAAUAGGGCUUAAGAGAGCACAGGCACGCCUAUUUGUUUACUUCUUGUCUGUGGCUGCACUCACGCUACUAUGGCCGAGUUGAGUAGUUGCAACAGAGACCUUAUGGCCCUCAGAGUCUAAAAUAUUUACUCUCCGGCCUUUUACAGCGAAAGUUUGCCAAACUGCUCUAGGAGGUCGGUGGGGGUGAGGGGCAGUUUGUCCUUUUAUAGGCAUUCUUGCCCACCCAGAAGUCAGCAGGAUGACACAGGGAAGGAAAGCAUUUGGAGGCUCUGCCAGGCUGGAAUACCACACAGCCAUCCAUCAUCUUCGAUUCUGUCCCUAUAGGAGGAGCUUCCAGGGGGGCUGGAGAGCCCCAGGGGAGUCAAGUGAGGGUCCUGGGUUACCUCCUGUAGCCCCCCACUCCCAGCACACACCUGGCGCUGCAUCAGGGAUCAAACCACCCUAAUGCCCGCAGCUGGGAAACCCCAUCUUGGUUUCUGUUCAGUGUUAACCCGUUCGUAGGGAACCACGGUUUCUCCGCAGCACGACACUUGACUGAUUCUUGGGUCUGUUGUCAGAGAAGAAUGCCAGGCUACCUUCUGGGAUCACAGACUCCUAGGCCCACCUCUUCUCUCCGACCCCAGUGUCGCUUUCUGAAAAAUACCUUUGGAGCUGAGACAAGACACAUCUGCCAGAUCUCACUUAAACUUUUGUGUGUGUCUCAGAGAGCCUCCACCUGCAGACAAAAGCCUUCUUGAUCAGAGCCCUAGUCCCCUCAGGGGCUAGGACGUGUUUUCCUUGCAGUUUAGAGCCAGUGUGUCAUCCAGAUGGCUUUACCCCGCUCCGAAACAAGUUGUACGUGCAUUUAGAGGCAGUCAUUACCUACUGCCUUGUUUUUGUUGCUGUCUUGUUUUGUCUAGACCAAGCCGUUGCUGCGAGGAAUCUGGCUGAUGGCUGGGCACGGCCUUCUGUAGACCUGCCAUCAGAAAAUUCCGGGUAGAUAUGCCUGGCUCAGGCAGCGCCUUCAUCCCCACCAUCAACGCCAUCACGACCAGCCAGGACCUGCAGUGGAUGGUGCAGCCCACGGUGAUCACCUCCAUGUCCAACCCGUACCCCCGUUCGCACCCCUAUAGCCCCCUGCCGGGCCUGGCCUCUGUCCCCGGGCACAUGGCCCUCCCAAGACCCGGCGUGAUCAAGACCAUUGGCACCACUGUGGGCCGCAGGAGGAGAGACGAGCAGCUGUCCCCUGAAGAGGAGGAGAAGCGUCGAAUCCGGAGGGAGAGGAACAAGCUGGCCGCGGCCAAGUGCCGGAACCGCCGCCGGGAGCUGACGGAGAAGCUGCAGGCGGAGACGGAGGAGCUGGAGGAGGAGAAGUCAGGCCUGCAGAAGGAGAUCGCCGAGCUGCAGAAGGAGAAGGAGAAGCUGGAGUUCAUGCUGGUGGCCCACGGGCCUGUGUGCAAGAUCAGCCCCGAGGAACGCCGGUCACCCCCGGCCUCCGGGCUGCAGGCCCUGCGCGGUGGGGGCAGUGGAGGGGUAGGCGCCGUGGUGGUGAAGCAGGAGCCCCUGGAAGAGGACAGCCCCUCGUCCUCAUCGGCGGGGCUGGACAAGGCCCAGCGCUCCGUGAUCAAGCCCAUCAGCAUCGCUGGGGGCUUCUAUGGGGAGGAGCCCCUGCACACCCCCAUAGUGGUGACCUCCACUCCUGCCAUCACUCCAGGCACCUCGAACCUCGUCUUCACCUACCCCAGCGUCCUGGAGCAGGAGUCACCUGCGUCGCCCUCCGAGUCCUGCUCCAAGGCUCACCGCAGAAGCAGUAGCAGUGGGGACCAGUCAUCAGACUCCUUGAACUCCCCGACUCUGCUGGCUCUGUAACCCAGCUCCCAGGGGGGUCCUCGUCACUGCCUCCUUCCCAGGGACCAGCACCUUUCAGCACUCCAGGGCCAUGAGGGUAAGAAGGGGACCCUGCCCAGAGAGCUUCCUGGUUCUCGGGAGACCCAGGUGAGAUUUGGCAGUGGGGCAUUGGAGGACUUGGAUGAUCUCUUGGAAGUCACGGGACCUCCUCCCUCGUUCAUCUUGCAAAGCAAAUCCUGUUUCUUGAAAAACGUUGGAGAACUUGGUUUGGUGGACCCGGGCAUCUCUCUGGCUUCUGAAGAGCCUGAAGCUGGUGUGGACCGUUCCCAUCCCUUUGUCACCAUAUGUCUGUGGAGUGAUGGUGUCUUUCUCUGCCCCACCAAGCAUGCUUAGUGCCUUUUGGUUUCACCUGCCCACUAUUUGCCCCUUCCUUCCCCCAGUGUCAAUUUCACUUCCUCUUGGUUUUUAUCAAAUUUGCCAUGACAUUUCAUCUGGGUGGUCUGAAUAUUAAAGCUCUUCAUUUCUGGA